AUGGUCUCGUACGCGCGGUUCACUGUGCGCACGUCUCGCGGAGUGAUAGAGUCGGUGGUCCGCACGUCCCCCAUCACUUCCCUUCCCCCCUCCUCCCCUCUUCCUCCCCCUUUUCUCUCCAUAACCCCCUUUCCCCCUCCCCCAUUCCCCCAGGUACGCGCGCUUCACGGUGCGCAUGUUUCAGGGAGUGAUCGAGUCGGUGGUCCGCACAUCCCCCAUCACUUCCCUUCCCCCCUCCUCCCCUCUUCCUCCCCCUUUUCUCUCCAUAACCCCCUUUCCCCCUCCCCCAUUCCCCCAGGUACGCGCGCUUCACGGUACGCGCGCUUCACGGUGCGCAUGUUUCAGGGAGUGAUCGAGUCGGUGGUCCGCACGUCCCCCAUCACACCCCACGCCGUCACCAACGCAGCUGAUAGUGAUGGUGGUUCUGAUGCUAGUGCUGCUGAUGGUGCUGCUGGUGGUGAUAGUGAUGCAGCAGCAGCGAGUGGCAGGGCUGUACACGUUAUAGACGGAACCGAUAAGAUGCUACUACCGGGGAUGGUCAACGCACACACGCACAGCAUAGAGGCGUGGGGCAGAGGAGGAAUCGUGCCUCUGGGUGGACGCUCCAUCCUCUCCCAUGAACCCACGCAUUCUGAGGUGCCUUUAGAAGCACUUUCCCUCCUGGGGUUAUUCAGCACACUCAUGUGA